ACACAUACUUCCGUCCGUGGCGCUCAGAGAGCUCGCUCUUCCUCUCAAUCACUGGGCCAGAUCUCGCCGUCCCAAAACCCUAAGAAUUCCCCCAUCUUCGCCUCCGAUCUCACCGGAUUCAUCCCGUUUGGCCUCGAUCCGAAGCGGGAAGCCAUCGCCGAUCAUCGGAUUUUACUCAUUUGCUGUUGUUUCCAUCCCGAUCGGCGGCGAUGGCGUAUGGGGAUCGGCUCACCACGUUUGAGGAUUCUGAGAAGGAGAGCGAGUAUGGAUAUGUUCGCAAGGUCUCUGGGCCAGUUGUGGUUGCUGAUGGAAUGGGUGGUGCUGCCAUGUAUGAACUGGUUCGAGUGGGGCAUGACAAUCUUAUAGGAGAGAUCAUUAGAUUGGAGGGAGAUUCAGCUACCAUUCAAGUUUAUGAAGAAACUGCUGGAUUGAUGGUUAAUGAUCCAGUUUUGCGGACUCGAAAGCCUCUUUCUGUUGAACUUGGACCAGGAAUUUUGGGCAACAUUUUUGAUGGGAUCCAGCGGCCUUUAAAAACUAUUGCUAUAAAGUCUGGGGAUGUGUAUAUCCCUCGAGGUGUUUCUGUCCCGGCCCUUGACAAGGACAUAUUGUGGGAAUUUGACCCUAAGAAACUAGCGGUUGGGGAUCUUCUCACUGGUGGGGAUUUAUAUGCUACUGUAUUUGAGAACACUCUCAUGCAACACCAUGUUGCACUUCCUCCAGGUUCUAUGGGUAAGAUUUCCUACAUAGCCCCACCUGGGCAAUACAGCUUGAAGGAUACAGUGCUUGAGCUGGAGUUUCAGGGUGUCAAAAAGGAAUUUACCAUGCUACAGACAUGGCCUGUUCGCACACCAAGACCUGUGGCAACAAAACUUGCUGCUGACACACCUCUCUUGACGGGCCAGCGUGUUCUUGAUGCCCUUUUCCCAUCCGUUCUUGGAGGCACUUGUGCUAUACCUGGAGCUUUUGGUUGUGGGAAAACUGUUAUUAGUCAGGCACUUUCCAAGUACUCCAAUUCUGACACUGUUGUUUAUGUGGGUUGUGGAGAAAGAGGAAAUGAAAUGGCAGAGGUGCUAAUGGAUUUUCCACAACUAACAAUGACCUUGCCUGAUGGGCGUGAAGAAUCUGUCAUGAAGCGUACUACACUUGUGGCAAAUACUUCUAAUAUGCCAGUGGCUGCUCGUGAGGCUUCUAUUUAUACUGGCAUUACAAUUGCUGAGUACUUCAGAGAUAUGGGUUACAAUGUUAGCAUGAUGGCUGACUCUACCUCUCGAUGGGCAGAAGCUUUGCGUGAAAUUUCAGGCAGAUUGGCUGAAAUGCCCGCCGAUAGUGGUUAUCCUGCAUAUCUUGCAGCACGUUUAGCUUCCUUCUAUGAACGAGCUGGUAAAGUGAAAUGUCUUGGGGGUCCAGACCGUACUGGCAGUGUAACUAUUGUUGGUGCUGUUUCUCCUCCUGGAGGUGAUUUUUCAGAUCCUGUCACAUCUGCUACACUUGGUAUUGUUCAGGUGUUUUGGGGACUGGAUAAGAAGCUUGCCCAGAGGAAACAUUUCCCCUCAGUGAAUUGGCUGAUUUCAUAUUCCAAGUAUUCUAAGGCUCUAGAGUCUUUCUAUGAGAAAUUUGAUCCGGAUUUUAUUGACAUAAGAACAAAAGCUCGUGAAGUGCUGCAGAGAGAAGAUGACCUAAAUGAAAUAGUCCAGCUUGUUGGUAAGGAUGCACUAGCGGAAACUGACAAAAUUACCUUAGAAACAGCAAAGCUUCUGAGAGAGGAUUAUCUUGCACAGAAUGCUUUUACUCCGUAUGACAAAUUCUGCCCAUUCUACAAGUCAGUAUGGAUGAUGCGAAAUAUCAUCCAUUUCAACGCUUUGGCAAAUCAGGCAGUGGAAAGAGGUGCAGGUUCAGAUGGCCAGAAGAUAACAUACAGUGUUAUCAAGCAUCGAUUGGGUGACCUAUUCUACCGCUUGGUGUCACAGAAGUUUGAAGAUCCUGCAGAAGGUGAAGAAGCUCUUGUUGCGAAGUUCAAGAAAUUGUAUGAAGACCUCACUGUUGGAUUCCGUAUCCUUGAAGACGAGUCUCGCUAGAGUGACAUUUAUACCAUAUAUUGGUGUAAUCUUCGGAUGAGUUGCACCGAUGAAAUCUUUGUAGCAUUUGGAUAAUUUAUGUAUAAUUUGCUUCAGAUCUUUGCCCCCUGAUUCUUUC